AUGGCUGGUCAGGUGACUUACAGCUGGCCGUCGCGGCCCUUGCACCCACCAACUGUCACUAUGGACGCAGAUGGCACGUUCAAGCAGCCUCAGCCCAAGGAAAAGCCCGCGAUGAUAGCCAACCAUAUGGCUGGACUACGAAGUGAUGAGGAAUUCUACGACUACCUGCAUGAAAACAAAGCACAUACGUUUUCGCAGCUCAAGUACGCCGUGGCCCAAGUCGAUACAUUGCAAGACGCUGUCGCGGGCGUCAAGUACAGUCCGACAUUCCACUUUUACCGAAACGGGAAGCUCGUCGACCGCGUCCUGGGUAAGGAGCCGCAGCGACUAGCGGAUCACCUCUGGCUCCACUCCGACUGA